AUGCCCAUCGUUGGCCUUCGUCCCUUCAAAAUUACAAGAGCCGCAGAAAAGUUUCACUCAAAAUAUGGAUUUGAAAUUUUCAGUAAUGUUUUGCACAUGAUGAGAACUGCACACAAAUUUGGAGAGCCAGAAAAAUCAAAAAUCAUUAAAGACAUCAAACGUAAUAUUCGAAAACAUAAAUUUGAAAAGAAUAGAGAAAAGAUUAAUGAUUUAAUUUACGACCUCAAAAAUGCAGUGUUUGAUUUGGAUUACAAAUUGCAAGUCAAAAGAGGAUUGGUUCCUCACAUUCCAAACACAAAAGAAACAAAACGAAUAACCGUGCAAUAA